AUGAUGAUAGUUCCCUCCCUUCUCUCGCUUCUUCUCCUUGCGGAUGGAGCCUCUGCCUUUUCUUCUUCUCUUCCCCCAUCCUCUUCCACGGCUCUUUCCUUGUCCCAACGGUCCUCUGCUUCCUCCCUACUAAGAGCCUCUUCCGUUUUGGAUGACAUUACAACCCAGAAUAGUAGCCCUGGCAAUGGUGAUGAUGAUGGCGAUGAUGAUGACAAAGAUUGGUGGCACCGACUACAAGUCUUGUCCGACGGGUUUCAGGAACAAUCCGGUCGCAUCCUCUUUCACGAAAAGGAAUUGAUCCAUCACGAUGAAGAUCUCGCCAUGGCAUUGAAGCAAGAACAUCACGUCGACUUUACCGUCCCAUCGAAUUGGCACGAUGCCAUGGCACAGUUUACUCGUCAACCGCAGACUCAAGUCUUGUUGGGAGCUACCCUCGUGUCCAUGAUCGUGCGCCUCGUCGUGUGGCCAUGGGUCGGUGUGAGUGAUGUGGCAGCCGUCUUCUUGACCCCACUGGCUUAUCAAUUGCAAGAGUACGGAUAUCAUCGUCGUAAUUAUCACGGCAAUGACCGCGGCAAAUCCUAUUUCCCCUUUGCCUACCACGAUCAGCAUCACAGCUUGCCAUACUACCACAUGGCCAUGGAACCCGUACAUGUAUGUGCCAGUUUUGUCGCCUCUGUCACCGCCAUGGGCCUCGUUGUGGGAAUCCUUUCACAGGCCGACAGUACUACAUGUAGUACCAUUGCCACGGUCCAUGCGUCCUUUCUCGUCUGCAGUCUACAUUACUUGGCCGUGCAUUACCUGGCACACAGCAAGGUGCCUCUCACAGGACGGUUGCAACGAGCCCGGGAACAUCACAUUCAGCAUCAUUUGGAUCAUGACGUCAAUCUCAACAUGGCGGGACAAGCAUUGGAUGAACUCUUUCACACAACCAGCCAACCAGCGAAACAACGGGGCGGGGUGUCAGUGUAG